GAUGUUGAUAAAGUUAAAGCGCCCGGCGCCCUGCAGCAUGAGCCCCUCGCCGCGCCUCCUCCUCCGGCAGCAGCACCCCCGGCCCCAGCCGCCCCGCUGCCCGCACCCCCAGCUCCGUCGGCACCCCCCGCGCUAGAGCCGCCCCCAUGAUGGACAGCCGCAUUCUGGAGCAUCCCCAUGCCCAGUUCGGGGCUAUGGUGGGCUUCCCUUACCCGCUCGGUCACCACCACGUCUACGAGCUGGCCGGGCACCAGCUGCAGUCGGCCGCCGCCUCCGUGCCCUUCUCCAUCGAUGGAUUACUGAGCGGCUCCUGCGCCGCCUCCGUGGUCAACCCGGCGCCGUUGAUCCCCCCCGGCUGCGGGGGGAGCGGGGACAACCAGCCCUUCAAGCUCGCAGCUGAGUGCCUGUGGAGAGCUUCCUUCAGGACUAAAUGUUCUGUAAAGUACAUUUUCGGAGGAGGCGAGGGCAGAUCGGGUUCCUCCCCAUUUUUAGCGCAGACUCGGGUGACCCGGACAAAGAAAGUCCUGGCUGUAAAAGAAGACGAACCCGCACCAAUUUUACCGGCUGGCAGCUGGAGGAGCUGGAGAAGGCGUUUAACGAGAGUCACUAUCCGGACGUGUUUAUGCGAGAGGCUCUGGCGCUCAGGCUGGACUUGGUAGAGUCCAGAGUGCAGGUCUGGUUCCAAAACCGCCGGGCCAAAUGGAGAAAGAAAGAGAACACGAAGAAGGGCCCGGGGCGGCCGGCUCACAACUCCCACCCCACGACGUGCAGCGGGGAGCCCAUGGACCCCGAGGAGAUCGCCCGCAAGGAGCUGGAGAAGAUGGAGAAGAAGAAGCGCAAGCACGAGAAGAAGCUCCUCAAAAGCCAAAGCCGCCACCCACACUCGCCCAGCGCCCUCUCCCUGCACAGCACCCCCAGCUCCGACAGCGACAGUGGCGGUGGGGGAGGCCUCUCGCCCGCCCCGCCCGAGGCCAAGCCCCGCGGGCAGCCCCCGCCGCCUCACCUGCCCUCCGCUGCAGCCGCCCCCUCCGAGCCGCCCCCCGGCACCUGCGACCAGACGGCAGAGCCCUUCUACCCCAGCCAAAGAAGCGGGAGCGGGCGGCUCCAGCGCCUGCCCGACAAGGACUGCGCGGCCGCACCGUCGGGGGACGGCAGCGGGGGCGCGGGGGGGCCUCGCAGCGCCGGCAGCUUCCACAAGCUCAACCCCUUCAGCGUAGAGAGCCUCCUCUCCGACUCACCCCCCCGCCGCAAAGCCGCCCCGGACUUCCCCAGCCUCCCGCCCUGCGCCCCCCGCACCCUCAUCGGCAAAGGACACUUCUUGCUCUACCCCAUCACCCAGCCCCUGGGCUUCCUCGUCCCGCAGACCGCCCUCAAGGCCAGUCCGGGCCCCGAGGCCGGUCAGCCCCCCCGGGACUCCCCGCUGCCCGCCGCCAACCCCGGCCCGCCCGGCUGCGGCGCGGAGCCGGCGCCCGCCGGCGCACAAUCCGGCCCCGGCUCCACGGACUCGGCGGCGGGACCGGUGCCUCCUCCCGCGCCGGCCGGCGCCUCGCCCCGCUCUGCGGCCGUGCACGGUGACCCGGCGGCGGCCGCCCCAGCGGAGGGUGGCAGCUUCCCCCGGCCCGAGUCGCCGGUCCGGGCGCGGGACGCCAGCACAGUCAGGGACAGAUCGGACUGUGGCCCCGCCGGCGGUGAGGAGGUGGACAUGGACUGACCGGGCGGAAAAUAGCUGAGGAAAAAGCGAACAAAACAAAGCAAAAGUCAAACCACCGGCGCCCGUCACCCGUGAGAAACGGGGGAAGCGGUUCCCCGCUCCCCCCCGCACCGUCCCCGCGGGAGGCGGCGGCACGGCUGGGAGAGCGGCUCUUCCUCUCCUUAGAGUUUGUCACAGGUCGAUUCAGGUGAUCAGUUAGAGCUUUUUGGUUUUUAUAUUUAAAGAAAAAACAAAAAAUAGAAAAAAAGAAAACGGGGUAAAACCGGGGAAAAAAUAAAAGGAAACUUGUUUGUUAAGGCUUAGCAGCAGCUGGACUUUGUGGUGUGACAAACUGUACCACGACAACAACGGAACUCCUCAAAACCCUUGUAAAAUGCAAAAAUGUCUAAAAAUAUUUAUAUAUGUAAAAUUUUUGAUAAAUAAAGGCUCUAAAACUCCCUGCCGCCUGGGCUGCC